AUCGGUGUGUGAAAUUGCUGUCGCAGUUCAAGUAUUGUCUGAGGAAGAGCUUGAGAGUGGGCUCCAUACAAAAUAUUUAUUGUGCGUAUUCUCGCACCAGUCAAGUCGGAGAAUUCGCCAAUAAACAAAGGCCACAUGAAACCAGCAUGGAGUGGAGAAAAGACAAAUGUGGAGCAAUCUUUAGAACUUCAUAACAGUCAAUUUAUUUUCAGUCAGCAGACCAAAUUUUAUUUACAACUACAAGAGCUGAGAAAAAUGCCCACUUCGACCUAUGCACCAUCGGCCUUCAGGGCAUUAAACGGAAUCUUCUGUAUUUACAAACCCCCUGGGUCAACCAUGAAGAACAUCAGGAGAACCAUCCCAAUGAAAUUGGCUGCUGAUCUGAACUUACUGCCUGAUCGUCCUCUGCGCCGCAUGGUGAAGCUGGAAGAGCAAAACCUCGGGACUGACCUCCCCAUUGUGACCGCUGUACCAGAUUUGGCUGACCAUCCACAAGUGAUUGGACCCAGAUAUCUCCCGGAGGACAUUUACUUCAAGUAUGAACUGCAUUUAAAUCGUCUUUCAUCUGGAUUGGUUGUGUGUGGUAUUGGUCGCGAGGCCCAGAAACUCCGAUACAUCAAGCACUCAGAAAUGAUGCGGGUCUACCACGUGCAGGGUCAUCUUGGUAUGGCCACACAGGACUUCUCACCGACAGGUCAUCUCGUUGAGAAGACGACUUGGGGGCAUGUGAAACAAGGUCAAUUGGAUCGAGUUGUGUCUGGCAUCCAGGCUAGCCAUCAAAAGAAUAUGUUCCACCAAGCUGGAGUUGACCUACAGAGUCAGGAAGCGUAUGAAAUGGCUGUGAAGGGUAUUGUACGUCCGAAGGAUGAAGACAUCCCAAUCAUAUAUGGAAUCAAAUGUAUAGAAUUUGAGCCGCCAUAUUUUACACUAGAGAUACACUCUAUCGGUGAAAGGUGUAAAUAUUUCAUGGAAGUUGUUCACGAAAUAGGACUUAUGUUAAAAUCCUCAGCUGUCUGUACCAAGCUCCAACGGAUACGCAUAGGACAUUUCACGUUAGAACACGCUUUAUUACAAAGACAUUGGAACUGCGAGGGAAUCAUUUCAAACAUUGCAUUCUGUCGGCCGUUAAUAAGGAAGGAAUUCUUAGAUUCGGGUCUUCACAUGAGGAAAAUUGAAGCGUCAGAACAUUUGACGUUGCAGAAUGGAGCUGAGAAGUAUUUGGACCAGAUUGCGGAACCAGAGGAAAGUGUUGAGGGGAUUGGGGAGGAGAGUCAUCAGGGAAUUUAUUGAAGGAGGAAUAUCCAAAUUACUGUGUCAUAUGUGAUUAUCAAACUGGUUUUUGUGAUGCGAUGAAGGCAUUUUGAAUUAUGAUAAAAUGCGAUCUCCUGUGACCUUUCUUAA